UGUGGCUGCGACGUCCAGCAUCCGACACGGGAUUCUUGUUUAUCGCCGGACGUCGUGUGACGAGGACCGCGCGGAACCGUUUAGUAGUUUCGACCCUUGCGUUUACGUCUUCAGUGCCGCGCGCGCUUUUUACGUAGGUGUUUGUGCGCGAAAAUAAUACCGCAUCCCCGAACGACGAGCCCUAAAUGCCCAUCACACCGCGGGCGAUCGGAAGUUGGCGAAGUCUUUGGUGCGGUUUUAACCCGGUAUGCGCGCUUUUCGAGGGGUGGAAUGUACUAUAUAGCUGUAGGCUCGCGGGACGCCUAGUCAGUCCGACGACUGACGUCGCGGUGAACACGUCGUGUAGGCGCGCGCGCAAACUACUCGUACGCGACUGUUAAAUAUGCAACCCGGUGGUCUCUGACAAUUUUAGGCGACAUGUCUCUUAUUCCGCAAGUGUUGGUUGUGGUGGUUAUGGUGACUGGUGCCUUGGCGAGCGAUAAUUCUUCGUCGUUACGCUACGACGCCCCGGACGAUUGCCAGUGGUGGGUUCGGGAGCAUACGACCUCGUCCGGAGCUCAGGACGAGGUCGCCCUUACGUGCAAUUUGAGGACUAUCAACAGCGAAUUCGACACCACCAAUUUCAGCGUGAUACCAUCGGAGCACACUACUUCCCUUAGGAUAGAGUGCAACCCCGAACUCAUGUCGCGGAGCAGCUUAGACGAGAAAAGUUUCGUACAUCUAACUAAGCUUAGGGCUUUGGAGCUUGUCCAUUGCAAGUUGGCGCGAUGGCCGGCCGGCACCCUCUUAGGCUUACGUGACUUGCGAAAUCUCACGGUGAAGACUCACAACACGAACUGGCCGGCUAUGAAUCUUGACUUCUCUCGUGAAAGUUUCACGCAAGUGAGGCAAUUGGAGCGCCUAGAUCUUAGUUGCAACAACAUCUGGUCGUUCCCCGAAAACAUAUUCUGUCCUUUGAUAAACUUGGCGUUUCUCAAUGUGAGCGAGAACCGGCUUCAGGAUGUCAGCGACCUAGGGUUCCGGGAGAAGGCACCCGGGCUGCCCCAGCCUCUGAUAAGCGUAGCCGACGACGAACAACCUCAACCGGACAACUCCAGACCGUUCACGCACCCGUGCAGCCUGGACAUACAGGUACUUGACACUUCAUUUAAUCAUUUCGUGUUGUUGCCUGCCAACGGAUUCAGCGUGCUCCGUAGACUCCGCGAGUUUUACGUGCACAGCAACGAGAUCUCCAUGGUCGCAGAUCGCGCAUUGUCUGGCUUAAAAUCGCUACAAACUUUCGACUUGUCCAACAACAAAGUCGUAGCGCUGCCCUCCGAGCUGUUCAAAGACUGCAAAGACACCAUCAAAGAAAUUUACCUCCAAAACAAUUCCCUCAGUGUGCUUGCUCCGGGCCUGUUCGCGAACCUCGAACAAUUAUUAGCCUUAGAUUUAUCGCGAAACCUCCUUACGAGCUCUUGGAUAAACGCGGACACGUUUUCAGGGCUCAUUCGCUUGGUGCUAUUAAAUUUAUCGCAUAAUCGAAUAUCUAAAUUGGACCCGUCGUUCUUCCGCGAUUUAUACACGCUGCAAAUUCUGAAUUUAGAACACAACUCGAUCGAGACGAUUCCGGCCGAUACGUUCGCGCCCAUGAAUAACCUGCACACGUUAAUUAUUUCCUACAACAAAAUCACGUACUUGGACGAGUACUCGUUAAACGGCUUGUACGUUCUCUCUCUGCUCGCUAUCGAUAACAAUAUGCUGGAAGGAAUUCAUCCAGAGUCGUUCAGAAAUUGUUCUAGUUUACAGGAUUUGAAUUUAAAUGGAAACCAACUGAAGGCGGUGCCGCUUGCUCUUAAAGACAUGCGACUUUUGCGCACGGUCGACUUGGGAGAAAAUUUGAUUACGUACCUCGAAGAACCAGGAUUUAGAGGUAUGAGCAACUUGUACGGCUUGAGAAUGCUCGGAAACCGCAUCCAAAACGUGAGCAAACGAGCUUUUGUCGACCUUCCCGCGUUGCAAAUUUUAAAUUUGGCUCGCAACAAAAUUCAAAGGAUAGAACAGGGCUCAUUCUCCAACAGCCCCAAUCUGCAGGCUUUGCGACUGGAUUCCAAUUUUUUGACUGAAAUCAACGGGUUGUUCGCAGACAUCCCCAGCCUGCGGUGGCUCAAUGUGUCCAAUAACCAGCUAGAGUGGUUCGACUACGCUUUAAUACCUCGCCAACUCCAAUGGUUGGAUUUGCAUCAGAAUAAUAUCAGAGAAUUAGGCAACCGUUAUAUACUAGACUUUGAAUUACGCCUUCAACAACUAGAUGCGAGUUUCAACAAAAUAUCCAAAAUCAGUGCGUCUGCAGUGCCGAGCAGCAUAGAACUCUUGUUUUUAAACGACAAUCUUAUUUCCGUCGUAGAACCUCACACUUUCCUGAAGAAAACCAAUUUAACCAGAGUGGAUUUGUAUGCUAAUCAGAUUGCCAGUAUGGACUUGAACGCAUUACGUUUGACCCCAGUGAAUCCAGAGAAACCAUUGCCAGAAUUUUAUAUAGGAGGUAACCCCUUCCAUUGUGACUGCACCAUGGAAUGGCUGCAGAGAAUAAACAAGCUGGACCAUCUACGGCAGCAUCCGCGGGUUAUGGACCUGGAGAGUAUCUACUGUAAGCUACUUUAUAAUCGAGACAACAACUAUCUGCCGCUCAUCGAAGCCGAAUCCUCUCAGUUUUUAUGCACUUAUAAAACACAUUGCUUUGCAUUAUGUCAUUGUUGUGAUUUCGAUGCAUGUGAUUGCGAAAUGACAUGCCCGACUAAUUGCACAUGUUAUCACGACCAGUCUUGGUCGGCAAAUGUCGUAGAGUGUUCAGGUGUAGGAUACACCGAAAUGCCAAGCAGUAUACCUAUGGAUGCCACCGAAGUAUAUUUAGAUGGUAACAACUUUGGCGAGCUAUCUAGUCACUCAUUUAUUGGUAGGAAGAAUCUGAAAAUUCUCUUUGCCAACAAUUCCAACAUAGCGGCCAUUUACAACCACACCUUCAGUGGCUUGCGGAGGCUUACGGUAUUACAUUUGGAGAAUAAUCAUAUUAAAGAACUAUUAGGGUUUGAACUAGCCACUUUAGAGUCCUUGCGAGAGUUGUAUUUGCAGAGUAAUAUGAUUCAUUUUAUUGAUAAUAGAACUUUUCUUGAACUUAAGCAGUUGGAGGUGCUCCGUUUAGAUGAAAAUCGACUGUAUUCAUUCGAAGUAUGGCAGCUGAGUUUAAAUCCCUAUUUGGUAGAAAUAAGGUUGGCAUACAAUCACUGGACCUGCGACUGCAAAUACGUCAGUAAGUUCAAAUCCUGGUUGAAGACGAAUUACGGGAAGGUUGUUGAUGGAGCCAGAGUGGAUUGUAUUUUGAACAAUCAAACUAACGUGGUCGGCCCUAAAAUGUCGGAUUUUAACAGCACCAAAUGUUUUAAUUCCUAUCCUCAGAGUAACCACGCAGUAGUAGAGACACAAGUCAUGAACGAUUACCUACCCCUGUUAAUGGGAACAAUGUGUGUCUUCAUAGCUAGCGUUGUGUUAGUCUGUGGAGCAUUUUACUAUCGUAGAGAGCUACGGGUAUGGAUUUACUCCAGAUGUGGACUAAGGAUGUGCUAUAAAACGACCGCUUUCGAAGAACAACAAGACAAAGAAAGACUUUUCGACGCCUACGUCAGCUACAGCGUCAAAGAUGAAGGUUUCAUCAGUCAAGUCUUAGCUCCCGGUCUGGAGGUGGGAGAACCUUGUUACAAGCUCUGCCUUCACUAUAGAGACUUCAAUGUAUCAGCUUACGUGGCGGACACAAUCAUAGAAGCAGUAGAAUCGUCGCGACGGACCAUAAUAGUGCUCUCCAAGAACUUUCUACACAACGAGUGGUGCAGGUUCGAAUUCAAAUCCGCGCUUCACGAAGUCCUAAAAGACCGCAGGCGGAGAUUGAUAUUCGUAGUUACCGGAGAAAUACCUCAAAGGGAUCUCGAUCCCGAUCUCAGGCUCUACUUGAAAACAAAUACCGUUAUUGAAUGGGGCGAUCGUCAGUUUUGGCAAAAGCUCCAGUUUGCCAUGCCGGACGCAAGAAGGUCCUGUGUACAUCAGAGGUCGUCGGUAAACAUCUACGCGACUCCUACCCCCUCGCACCUUACCGACAGGUCGAGGAGUCCGGUGUUACCGCCACCCCCACCACCGGGCAAAUUGCCGCCCUUUCUACAGCACUCUUCUAGUCUUCCGAGGGACUCGAGAACGGUUCCGCAUCCAUUGUGGGCGUAGCGGUUAUUUUCUAGCAGUAUGCCGAGAUAUAGCAGAAGGAUACACCGUUCCAACAGCAGUAUUAAGAGACACGAAGUAAGACCGACCGUGGUAUACUGAGGUUCAGAAUUUGGCUUAGGAAAACUGGCCGGUGAUCUAAGAUUGCCAGAGAAACAACAUUUCGAUUCGGUUUUGUUUUUGCGCGAUAGUGGUAGUUAUAGGACAUUUUCGGGACUGUCCAGUUCCUCCAGCCGAGAUUGUGAUAUUUUUGUGAAUAAUUCUAAAUACUUAGGCCAUAGUUAAUAAUAAUUGUUAAUUUAUCAAAGGACUGAAUAUUUAUAACGAAUUUAAUCAUGCCGUUAUCUGUGUCAUUCAAAAUAUUGCUUAAACGCGAGCUUAAAAAUAUAACGUAGAAAAUGAGGGUGUGUGUACAGGCGCUGUAAAUAUUUAUCCGUUCAGUUUUUACUGCAACGUUUCGAGCUUCUUCGGGCAAUUGUAUUGUAAUUGUUCGAAAAAGUUUAGUUUUUUUCCGUAAACGGGUUGAUUUACUUUGUAAGUUUCGAAGGUGACGUUGAUUGAAAAAAAGGUUGUGAUUUAUAGCGAAUUUUAGACAUCCCGAAUCAGCGUUGAAAUGAUUUAUUGCCACAACGAUAUUAAUGUGUAGAUCGAUAUAAAUUGUUUUUAUGGAUGCGGAGAGCACAAAAAAUAGACGUUGCGUAUUUAGGAGCAGUUUGCUCCAUGGUGUUUAAAUGAUUCCUAAUUAUUAUUAAAUAUAGUUUCUAAAAAAUUGCUGUAUAUAAUUGUACAUAUUUUAAAUAUAUCUAUUUUCAUCAAAAAUCCAAAGCGUUAAAUUUGUAAAUAUAGUAUUUAAAGCUUAUUUAUCU